GUCCAUUUAGUUAAUUAUUUUUAGAGUGCUUUUACUAUAAAGGUAAAUCGAGUAAUGAUUAUACUUAUAAUGGGUAUAUUCGGGUCUGAGUGUAACGACAAAUGUCAAAUGAGUUUAUAGCAAAAGCCAUCGAAUAAACCGUCCGAUUACUGUCGGGCUCUCUUGGAUUCUAGACACCGAUCGUGCUACACGCAUCUCUACAAGCUCCGAAAACCUAGCUUCAAAGUGUUCUACCUUUUUCAUCCGUUGUUAAGUUGUUCUCCCGUGCUAGUCUACCUUGGCUGUGUUUCUCAAGGAUAAAACUUAAGAUUAAUAGUGGACGACGAGGAAAACAGUGAAGUGAAAGUGAAAGCGUGCUACCACCUGGACUGCAGCGGCCGGAUCUUUGACUUUCGGCGCCGGGACGUUUGACCUUCAGCGCGACCGCAACCCUUUCGAUCCCGGAGGAUUUCGGACGGCUACGUUGGACGGACGAACAAAGCAGGAAAAAGCAUCGGAUUUUUUCCGUAGGGGAGAAACUUUCGACGAUUUUUGGUAGAGCCGUAAAACAAGUUUGUGGCAGCUCAUCGACUGUUCAUCCAGCGAUUUUUUUUUUCUAUUUGGAAUUAGCGGUGUGAUUUUAUUUCUGAUAAUAUUAUCGGCACUGGAGAGGUGUAAUUGAUAAAAAUGUCUCACGUAGCUCCAAACAUUGACCCCUACCGUAAAGGGCAGUCUUUCGCUUCUUGGUUUAAGCGACUCGGGUACCAUUUCCGCAUAAAUAAAGUGGCGGACGAGAACAAGAAAGAUCAAUUGUUUCUCUUGGGGGGCGAAUACCUAUUCGAGGUGGCCCAAAAUUUAUACCUUAGUGAGGAAUUGCUAGACGCAGCCCCACUGGAUGAAUUGGUACAAAAACUAAAGCAAAAGCUUGAUAAAACGGAUUCAGCUUUGAUCCAGCGGUAUAAGUUUGGGUCACGGAUGCAACAACCGGACGAAAAGGCCAGUGAUUUCUUAUUUUCCCUAAAGCUUCAGGCUGAGUACUGCAAUUUCAAGGAUGACAAAGAUGGCCGUAUUCUUGACCGGGUUCUCAUUGGGCUGUCUGAUGACGCUUUGAGACAAAAAUUGUUGACUGAAGACGAGAAAAACUUGAACCUAGCCCAAGCGGAGAAAAUAAUAACUACUUGGGAAAUGACCACUUCUCAUGCUAGAGCCUUAACAAGGGAGGAUUCUUCCGCACAAAUCGCAUCCAUAGGUAGCCUUACUGGUGGUCGAGGGGCGGUUUUGCGGCGUAUGGCGGAUUUAGCGCAGGGCCGAGGUCGAGUUCCCGUGAAAAGCCGUUUAGGUUACAGGCCACAGUACAAAUCGCCGGCGAGGAGUGCCGACCGCAGCUCGAAACCAUACAACAGGUACGACCAAGGGUAUAACGACCGCGCUCAUUUUCGCAGUCCAUCGCGAAACAGGCAGCCCAGAAAUGUGCGCUUCGAGGAAUCACAUCGCCGCUAUCAGGAUGCGCCGGUGUACCCUGCGGAGCUGGAGGCUGAACAACAAGUGGUGAUCGAUCAGAGAAUUUGCAGUUAUUGCGGAGUUCCGGGGCACGUUAAGAGGAAGUGUUUCCGGUUAAAGCAGCUCAAAAAAGACCCUAUCAAUAAUGUCAACUUGGGAAAGUCUGGUUCGAGCACGGUGAACACUAUAUCGAACAUGAUGAACCAGAUGGCUUGGGAUGAUUCUAGUGACGAUUCAGAUCAAGAUCACGAUUGGAAACGACGUAACAACAACGGCUCACAGGAAUCAAGUCAAAAUCGCUAAGGAUGCAAGCAGUGGGGCUAGUCGCAGGAUGGUGGUACAUGUCGAUCCUCUUGUCGAUAAUCCAGAUCCAUUGCCACAAAGAACGAGCGACGAUGAGGAGCCCUUCCUUGGCUUCCAGGAACACGAGAUGGGAGGAGCCAGGUCGUUAACGGAUAAACCGAGUCGAAAGCGAAAGAUGGAGAAUGGGUUGGCGCUCGAUGGCCUGCCACGGCGUUCGAAGAGAACGCGAAGAAAUAACUUAAGGGGUGAAUUCGAAUAUUUUUGAAUGUAUACUAGUGAUCGAAUAAUUUUGAUAGAUACCAUUGGGAAUAACUUUCUUUAAUUUUUGUAGUUGAACGAACAACCUGUAAAAGGGGAAGGUCUGUAAUGUCCAUUUAGUUAAUUAUUUUUAGAGUGCUUUUACUAUAAAGGUAAAUCGAGUAAUGAUUAUACUUAUAAUGGGUAUAUUCGGGUCUGAGUGUAACGACAAAUGUCAAAUGAGUUUAUAGCAAAAGCCAUCGAAUAAACCGUCCGAUUACUGUCGGGCUCUCUUGGAUUCUAGA